AUGCAUGUCACAGACCAUAGGAACUUUGAACCCACACCUGUGAUUUUGCAAGGUAUUGGUUUGGAAGAGCAGGUCCACGAAAUCAUGAACUUUCUGCUCACAGCCAGGAGGAAGGGUGCCAAAUCUUCCAGGAUUGAGAAAAAUAAGAAUAAUGUGAAGUUUAAAGUUAAAUGCAGCAGAUACCUUUAUACCUUGGUCACCACAGACAAAGAGAAGGCAGGGAGACCGAAGCAGUCCCUGCACCCUGGCUGGGCAGUGAAGGAGCUGAAAUGA